GCUGCUGGGAUCAGGUCACCAUGGCGGCCCGUGUCCUCUCGGCCUGCGUCCGCCGCCUGCUGCCCCGUGCCGGCGCCGCCGUUCUCCCCGUCCCCCACGCCGCGCUCGGCACGCUCCGCCCCGGCCGCCCGCGGGCCCCGCAGCCCGCCUUUAUCCCCACGGCGCCGCGGGCGGGUCUUGUGCCGUGCCGCCGCUACUCGGAGCUGCCGCCGCUGACGCUGGCCGACAUCAAGGAGCGCGUCCUGUACGUCCUGAAGCUGUACGACAAGAUCGACCCCGAGAAGCUGACGGCCGAGGCGCAUUUCAUGAAGGACCUGGGGCUGGACAGCCUGGACCAAGUGGAGAUCAUCAUGGCCAUGGAGGACGAGUUCGGCUUUGAAAUUCCUGAUGGAGAUGCAGAAAAAUUAAUGUGUCCACAAGAGAUUGUAGAUUACAUUGCAGAUAAGAAGGAUGUUUAUGAAUAAAAGCAAUCCUCCAAAUCAGAGAGAUGUCUACCACUAGGAUGGCCCUGAUGUCAGUGGGCAUAAGCGCACAUGCUGCAUUGCUGCUGCUUUCAUCAGAAAGUUGUACUUGGACAUUGUAUUUAAAGCUGUCUGAAUAUGUUGUCCUUUGAAAACGAGGGAAAAAGGAAUAAAUAUAUAAGACCA